AUGUUGCAAUUUUUCACCACACAAGACGACAAGCCUCAAGACGCUACGGUGGUAACAAACGGCGUCAUACUCUUUCCAAGCAUCAUACCAUUGCAACAACAAUCCACCAGCAAUGUGACGUCUUUUAAAUUUGAUCUGUACAGCGAGUUAGUUGCCGGGAUUGAUUCACCAUUCAUUUUGAUAUUUCUAGGUGUCUUGCUCUUUGCUGUAAUCUCCUAUACAGUGCAAUACAAGCAACUCAAAAGAAAUCAACAUGCUCUCUUCUGGAUGUUGUUUGCCUUGUCAUUGUUUGCGUCUUUUCAAAACAUGACAAGAUUGGCCAGUGAGUUGUCAUUUUUGCACCCAGACUAUUGGACAGCAUUUCAAUUGAAUAAUUGGAUCAAAAUGGUGGACCGAUCGAUGGCUGCUGUGUUGUUAUAUACUCAAAUACUCAUCAUGGGAUUGAUAAGUUUUGCUUUCAUGACUACGUCGCGAGCAACAGGUGAUAUUUCUCAAAAAACUUACAAGAUUUGUGUUGCUGUCCUCAUUGUCAUUUUGGUCGUCUUGUUUGUGUUGUUUUUAUUAGGACAUGUCAUGGUGAUUCUCAUUCUGCAUAUUCUAAGAACUAUACCCAACGCACUCUCUCCAAAAACAUCACUCGAUUAUUCCAUUGUUAUUUUCACAUCACCCAUGAUUAUUUUGUUAAUGGGAUUGGUUGCAACUUCAGUUUUAUUGAAUACAUUUGGAUUUCGAUUAUUGGCAACCUUAAGACGGAGUAAGCAAAAAGUGAAGCAGAUGAUCAUCACAAAGACUGCAACUACCAUGGCAUUGGCCACUACAGACGCUGAUUCAGUGUCUGGCAGCGAUUCCACACCAAGAGCCAUUUCAAAUAAUAACAACCUUUCGAAUUUGUCUGAUUGUGACAAUACGUCAAUUUCUUCAGAGUUACAAACCAAGGAAUGUACGGUAGAUAGUAAUGUGAAUUUGAAAUCUCUUCAAAAAGCAACUCUUGAGCAAGAUCGAACGUAUCAAAUGAAAAAGCAAGCACUUCGAAGAGUAUUGAGUUUACAGUUAGGACUUUCCAUUUUCUUCUUUGUACAAUUUAUUGGAUUGUGUUUUAUUCCAGGAGCCAUCUCAUGGCAAUUCUCAUUGUUGUGUUAUCAUGCUUUUUCAAACGUUGGAGUUUUGGGAUUUAUGAUUAUUUUGUUGUGCAUUUAUCACCCACUAAAGGAAGUACAACGAUUAUUUCACAAAGACAAACAUGAAUUGCAACAUGAAAUGAACGACAUGUCGCUCAAGACGAACAGCAUGAGUAACCUUAAAGAUAUUCAAAAGGUUUAA